UAAGAUUACAAGUUUAUCCAGGCGCUUUUUUAGCUCUUUAUGACAGACAGCAGAUCAGAAAUUAAUUGACUCAACUGUAGCUUCUACGGGUGUACAUAAUAGUGGCAAUCGAUAUUUUCUAAAUCACUUUUCAUUGAUUUUCAUUCGCUUUGUUCGCUGGCGGGCAGGAGGUCACAGCUUGAGACUUGUAAUUCGAGAGUGAUAACAGAGUGACAGCCGAAAGAGAACGUGUCUUAGAAGGGAUUGUUUGUAAAAGGUAGUUUACAUUGCUUGUUAGCUGAUGAUAUGGCUAAGAGAACAACGGCUGAAAUAGCACAUAUCGUUGUAAACGUUGUGUGCUUUGUAAUAGUUGUAUUGUUAGCUGCAUUAUGUGAAACGAUCCACAUCGAACCCUUUAAACGAGGGUUUUUCUGUGAUGAUGAUACUAUUAGAUAUCCCUAUAAUGAAGAUACAGUAUCAGUUGGACUGGCGUUUGCUCUAGGUUUCAUCAUACCUAUCCUCUGUAUUUUAGCAUGUGAGUGGAUCAAGUUCACUAGUAGAAGAGAAGAAGAAACCAAACUACAUUAUUACGGACGAUUUUUCUGGACUUUAUGUGUAGAAUUUGGGAUUUUUUUGUUUGGUGGAGCUUUGUGUCAGUUAUGCGUCAGUAUCAUAAAGUUAACAGUUGGACGGUUGAGGCCUCAUUUUGUAGCAGUCUGUAACCCGGAUUUUUCAAUUAUAAAUUGUUCAGUUGGCUACGUCACUAAUUUUGUCUGUCGUGGAAGUGGACCACAGCUCCGCGAAGCAAGAUUGUCAUUCCCCAGUGGUCAUUCCAGUUAUAUCGGUUACACAAUGAUGUUUACAGUGUUAUAUUUACACGUAAAAGCUGAAAGACGACAUUGUGGUUUAGUGAAACACGUCAUACAGUUCGGAGCGGCCAUGACAGCAGUGUAUGUAUGUGUAUCACGUGUAGCAGAUAAUAAGCAUCACUAUACUGAUGUAUUGUCUGGUCUAUUUAUUGGAGCUUUGUUUGGAGCUUUAGUGAAAAUUAUACUAGCAACUCAUUGGAAAUCUGGUAGUUUAUCAAAGACAUCAUCAAGAGACGUGCUUCCAUUACGUUAUAAAUCAUCGGAAACAGUACAUACUAUUAAUAAUGACUAACCAUAUCAUGAAUACUUUACUUACUGUGAUAUAUCUACAAAUAUUCGUACAUAUCAGUUAAUUAUAAGACGGUGUCUGUAUGUUAUGUUUUUUUUAUUAUUUAAUAUUUAGAAUCAAACAUUGUUUUGACGUGUACUGUGAUUAAUCAUGAAUUGACUAAUUUAAGUAGUCUAGUAUAUAUAUUUUGUUUGAGAAUAUAGUCCGACAAUCUAACUAAAAUAUAGAUCUAUAUUUCGUUUCGUUUUUUAUACUUUCGAUUGCCUACACUACAAGUGUAGUAAAGACAAGUAAAAUCUAAAUUUUGAACUAUAAAAAUGAAACGAAAUUGGUUCUUUGUUUUAAUCAGAUUGAUAGUCCGAAACAGUGAUCAAAAUUAAUGGGAUUGGGAAGGAAAAAACACCAAUAAGGCCGUUUUUGGCUUAAUUUUAUGUGAGUUCAAAGCUACCAUGAAUAUUUGUCCUUAGGGCAGCUCUAUUUAUAAAAUAGUAGACCGGACCGAUCUCCAGCUGAAAAAAAAGUAAAAACAUUAAAUUUGAUGACUAUGUGUUCUUGCCAUAUAAAUUAGGCGUGGUCACAAAAGGUAUAAAAAACUGACGACUUUGAUAUAGCAAUAUUUGCCGACUAUGUACAUUUAAAGGCAAUAAGAAUACACAUUUUUGUUUUUUCGUUACAUAAAUUUGCAAUACACUUUUUAUGAUAUUAAUGUAUAUACAGUUGAAUUUCGUUAUUACGAACUCGUGUCAGUCGAUAUUACCGAAUUAUUCAAAGGCAAUAAAAAUACACAUUUUUGUUUUUCUUUACAUAAAUUUGCAAUACACUUUUUAUGAUAUAAUAAUGUAUAUACAGUUGAAUUUCGUUAUUACGAACUCGUGUCAGUCGAUAUUACCGAAUUAUUUCGAAAAAGAAUCAAAUAGACUAGAUAUGUUGAAUGAUGAUUUAUAUUAUAUUAUACAUGUACAUAUAUCAGAUGCUAUUUAUUUGUUUUUAAAUAUUUUAAUAAAUGGUCUAUAUGGCAUAUUUAAGUAUUUAUUUUAAAGAGAAAGAACAGCCUGAACGUUUAUUAUUUCAAUAUUAUGCACAUAUUUUUUGAUCAUAUUGUUUCUACCUAAUUCCAAUGUUCAUCUCUUUAAUUUUUGGUUCAAAUUUGUUCUAUAAACACCACUUCAUAUAAAGGUUGUGACGUCAAGAAUUUGUUCUGAUAAUGUAACCAGUUCUAUAUCGGUUCGAUUGUGCUUGGAUGCCGAAUAUUCCCCCCUGUGUUUCAUGAAAUAAAUAUUUUUAUAUAUUA